AUGUCGCGAAUCAUUGACAAGUCCGAGCUUGUAGAUUCCAACCGGUUAGUUCCUGACGAUCUUAUCAACAUCUAUCGAGUUGAUGAGAAAACCGUGGUCAAAUUAUGCGAGCCGUUCCGACUUUCUGAGGCUGAGGCUCUACGAUACGUCCAUUCUCGGACCUCGAUUCCCGUCCCAAAAGUCUUGAAUGCAUAUGUCGAUGAAUCUCUCAACCGUGGUGUUAUAGUUAUGGAGUAUGUGGAAGGUGAGGUUCUGCGCGAUGUGUGGGACGAUAUGGACGAUGAACGACGCAAGAAGAUCAUACAACAACUUAAAGGCUUUAUAGCGGGACUACGGAGUAUCAAAGGGAAAUUAGUUGAAUCUUUCGAUGAUAUAACUUGCGAGGAUCCCGUUUUCCGUGCUGAACUAGGAUGGUUUGGUCCAUACAAGACAGAAGAUGAAUUCAACGACGGCUUGAUCUGA